GCCAACGGAUCACUGAUGAGCUCAGAGAGGUCUGAAACCAGCUCCGUCCCGGCCCCUGCGGUCCCUGACCCGUCUGCUGAUGGUGCUGCUGAUGCCUCUGGUCCCACUGACCCACCUGGUGCUGACGCCUCAGCUGCUGCUGCUGACGACACUCAGAGCUCUGCCCAAGGAUCAGAGGACAGCUGCCUCCAGCCUGAGGCUCGGGAGGUGCCCUUAAUCUUCAACUUCUUCCAGUCCAAGAGCUUGGAGGACUUCUCGACCAGACUGACAGCCCUCAGGCAGGCCUUCACCAUCCUGCUCAGCGACGACCAGCAGUGCAACUAUGCCAGCGUUGCUGUGAGGAUGAUCCUGCGCAACCUGGCCACACUGAAUGGGAGGGAUGCGGAUCUCUUUCAGCGGGCCUUUGAUGACCUGGUGGCCUACGUCCAGAACUCAGAGAAUGCCCUGAGCAUUCAGGUGGAGCUUCUGGAGGCGAGGAUCCACCACAUCAAUGUGCUUGACAUCGUGUUUGAGUUGGUACUGUUUGGCAUGUUUGAUGUGGCUCAACGCCAGCUGGUCCCUCGGGUGCAGGGUGGGUUCCUGGACCGACUGCUUGCAGUGGUUCAUGCCUUCCUGCCCUUUGAGGCCUGUUCACCAGCUGCACAUCAAUAUUGGCAGAUGCUGCAGGCGGAAGUCCGGGCGUUCCUGGAGGUGUUCUCUCUGGACCUGAGUGUCUACAGCCGUCUCCAGGCCCUCGCCGACAGGCUCUUCAGCUGUCUGGAGCAAUGCUACCUGUUGCAGUUUAGUUGGGGCCUACCAGUACCUUCCUGAGGACAAAGUACAUCCAAGGACACCUGGAGUAUCUGAAGACUCCUGGACAUCUGAGGACACAACACCUGGACAUCUGAGGAUGUUGCCAAACCAUGCCCUGGACCUGGACACACCAUGCAGGACGUCUCAGACGCACACACACACACACACA